CAGGAACGACAUCAGAAGGCUGCAGAAACUGUACGGGAGAAAUCCAAGUUUCAAAUGGGAACCACCUUUGACAACGAAACCUGCAGAGACAGUACAGAAAAAAAAAUCCCAAGCUGGUGUAACAUGCCCUUCAAUGAUGUCAUGAGAGGUCCAUACGGAUAUGGCUACAUAUUCAGUCGCAUCAACGUCUAUCGGUUCGAUUCUAAAGGUGUGUCCAAAGGAUAUCCGCUGCACCUACAUAAAGUAUUCCCCGGGCACCUGUUAACCCUCUAGCUGUGGUUCAUGUUCGCGAAGGCAUGCGUACUUACUUUUUCAAAGGAAAAAAGUUAUGGAGAUUUAGCAACUUCUCUCUUGACCCCGGCUACCCUCUGCCUCUCCACACUGUACCCUCAGAGGAGCCUCGAGCCGCCAUUAAUAUUUUGGAUCGGAAAGGGCGCGACAACGUGUAUAUUUUUGGGACCAAACUCUUUUGGCAAUGGAGCCCCGAUAAAGAAGACAUUUCCAGUGGCUAUCUUCACAUUAACAAAUUCUGGCGAGGACUGCCAUCAGUCAUCGACGCGGCAAUCUACUGGUCGGACGACUUCCUCUAUUUCUUCAGACACAAUAAGUAUUACAAGGUAUCACCACAUACCCACAGACUGAACCCAGGUUAUCCCAUGGUCAAAGGUCCAGCUUGGCUCCAAGGAGACUGUGGCUAUGCUCCGAAGUAAAGGGAUGCUGACCUGCUCGUGCCUUGCUCGAUGGAUUUGGAUAAAGAUGGCUAGCACAAACACAAUUCAGCCUAAGAAGAUCGUAAUUAAACCCAUUCAUUCGAAGUUUAUUCUGUGAGUCUUCGCUUCCAGUGAUCUGUCUUCUGAAGACUCUUUUAGUCUUUAAUUUUUGUUGAUUAUUAUUAUUAUCAUCAUAAGCACUGAUUUAAAAAUACAUUUUGAAAUUUUUAUGUCUUAUCUAAGAUUGUAAAAAUAUUGUCAUGGUGAUUAGUAUUCAAAGCUAAUUUUUGAAUCAAUAAUAAACAAUGAGAACAGUACAUACACAAAUGAAUUUUUUCAUCCUCAUUUCAAUGAUAUCAAACUUUUUGUACAGUUUAGUUUUGUACUUCCCAUUUAAUAUUUUAAUUCAUUGAUAUUUUUUGUUCAAAGCUGAAAAUGAAUAAAAUGCUGAUUUCAAAAAGCCAGUAAACCAACAAUUCAAUACCAAACACUUAAAAAUCAUCAUAUGCCUACACAAUGAAGUGGGCUAUGUUUUUUCAGGACAUCCAGGUACUAAACGUAUUAGUAAUUUCACCUCACAGUUGAGAUUUCAAGCAAAUGUGACCUUUUCUGAACCUUUACCCUCAUCUACACCAGUUUUUAAAAUGAUAUAACUAUGAUUCUAAUUGAAGCUACAGCAAUGAUCUUGAUAUCAAUGGAUUCAGCUUGUUGAGCCUUUUUCAUCAAUAUUUUUUUAACCCGAUUUUUUUUUUUUUUUUGCUAUUUAUUUUGCAUCAAGUUAUAAAACAAACCGCACCAUUUGACAGGAAAAAAACUAAUAUUAUUUUUCGUUUAUGUAGUGAUGUCAAUAUGCAGUAACAGCUUGCUCAUGGUACCUCUUAUGAUUCCUAAUGGUUUAUUUCAUUCUGCUUGUGCAUGGGAGACGUGUGCAGAUAUGCAUCUACUUCUUGUUUUGGUACAGGGGUCACUGACUUAUUUUAUGUCUCGCCUCGUUUUUUGUACUUCCUGUCUCUUUUAAUUUCUCAAUAUGCUUGAACUACUUCAAGUUGUGUUGAGAUCUGUAAAAAUUAAAAUGGAUCACGAAUUUCUUUCAAUAAAUCAUAAGGAAGUGAAUUAUUAUUUGAGGGAGAGAAAUAGAAAGAAAUGAAGAAAGAAAGCUAUGGAUGUAGGCGGCAAAACAGCUGUGCCUCUUAACUAAAAUAAAUCAUAUAUUAUAAUAAUGCACUGAACAUGAACUUUCAAAGAAAAAAAUAAAAGAAAAUAGUUUGAGUUAUCACCAUCAGGUGCGCUAGAAAGAUAAAUAAAAAACGCUGACUGACAAGUACCAUACAAAACGAUAUUUUACAACACAAUAUUUAGAAGGACCCUUCUUCAUUCGAGAGCAAUCACUUACAUUAUUCUCUCUAUCUAUCCCACACACCUACACUCACACUCACAGUCACACUCACACUCACACACAUUCUUUGAGUAAAAGCAAAACUUAACUUCAGUUUAAUUUUGUUUCAAGAGUCGUUCACAAUCUUACAAUCUUUGUGGAAGUGUAACAGUACCUUUGGAACAGUGGGCGGAGCUGUUCGUGGGCGGACACUGUGUGUUCACCAUGUUGCCGAUGGUGGAAGAGCUGGACCGCGGUGUCCCCACGAGACUUUGGCCAAACGGCGCAUGCGCGCUGCACGUUGCGCGUGCAUCCCACUCUCGAGUGACGGAGGACAGCACGUGGCGUCAGUACCUAUAACAUUCGUGCGAUCCUGUGAAAGAAAGUCACUUGCCUUCAUCGCCAGACACGAUGUGGACGCCUCUCUCCACGGUGAUGUUUAUAACUAUCAUUGCCUCUUCAUUUCCGGAAAUGAUCCAUUAUGAACCUGUGCUGUCUCAAUGCCCGGAUGAGACUGAAGUUACACCUGUUAACCGAGGCGACGAUGUAUUCCAGUACAAUCCUUCAGCGAUGGGAAGUUUCCCUGAUUUAAAACGAGAUGUCGGCAUGAGAGUGGUUGCCCCCGACGAAAGACUGGGAUUCUCAACAGAAGUUUCUCGUCACCGUCUUCAUGAAAAUGAAAUCUUGCAUAAACUGUUUCGAGCCAUAACACAGAACCUGUCCGACCUUACUGAAGAAAAAGACAACCGUUUUACAGCUUUAAGGGGUAAUAACUCAGAACACAAAGUAAACAACCGGUUCAGAAGAAGAGCUCAGCUUUUUAAGCCCCACCUAAAGCAAUCCGAGAUGGGUCCUCCUGUCUUUCCGGAGAUCACAAGCGAGACAGGACAUAGUAAUGACAGUCGCAUCCUUCAAAACAAGGUUUCACAACUCGGCUUCGCCAUUUCAAAAGAAGAAGAAGACCUAACCUUUGCUUUUGCGAGUCCCGAAUCCCAAGACAAAGGUUUAUUCGAAAACAUGGAGGUGACUGCGAAGGUAAAGGAUGGACAGCACAUGGAAUCCAUGCAAAGGUCAAUCGCGAAGACCAGGGCACAUACACAACUGCAGCUUCGGAGAUUGAUGUUAAUUCUUGAUGUUCUAAAGGUUUUGCAUCAACGGGUAAGAAGCAUGCCAGACUCAGCAGCAGACAGGCGUGAGUUGAGCUCGGAGCAGCCAAAGGAUUACCUCGUCCGAAGGUCGGGUGAAAGGGCAGCGAAACGUGCGCACAGCCUUCACCUUUCGGCGACAAUGGAGCUGAUCCGCCAUGUUCUGGGUCGGAUGCUGAACUGGGAUACCAAGGUCCACAAGCGGGUGUCAUUCGUGCAUCCGAGCAUGUUAAUCGGGGAGCUGGGAUUCCUUCAGAGCACUCGAAACAUCGAUUCCGACAUCCUAGGAGAGGGUGAAGGAGAUCACUGACAACAUCUACGAUCUCGUGAACGACGACCCACCGGUACUCAAGCGACUUGCGGAAAAGACCUUAAACUGGCUUCUAGAUAACAGGGAAGAUGCUGAAGGUACACGCAGCUCUGGCGGAGGAAUAUAUCCAGGCUCUAAAGAAGCCAAGACGGGACAUCCGGGAUAUUCGGUUCACGAUGACAUCCACACAUCCAGCACCGCAGCACUCAGCGCCAUCCUCUCGUCCAAACGCGGUCAGUACCCAAAGCAGAAUCGAAAGCACAGAGAUGGAAGCCUCACCAGAAAUCUUACCACCGAGAGUCGUCUUCCUUGGAUGUG